CUGCCAGGGUUACAGCCUCAUGGUUCACUCCUUACCUGGGAAACAAUGCUCUGCUCUCCACAGUCAUCCACUGACAGCCAGAGACCAGAGCCACGAUGACAGAACGCACAUCUAAAAAACAGGGAUUUAAAAAGUGUCAGAGUGCCACUUUCAGCAUUGAUGGAUUCAGCUUCACUAUCUUUGCCAAUGAGGCGGGAGAAGGCAACCACCGUCCACUAGCCCGCUUUGCCCGCGCACAGUCCCAGAAUGCACUAAGCACCGCUGUCACAGCCCGCACUGGCAACAUUGACCACAAAGGAAUUCUGAUCGACCCGCGCAGCACAGAGGAGAUCCUGGCUGAUGAGCUGCCUAGCGCUGAUGCACCCGACGCCAUGGAGAAGACUGCUAUCAGGUUGCGAUGUCUUGUAAAGCAGCUGGAGAGGGGAGAGGCAUCUGUGGUGGACCUGAAGAAAAACCUGGAGUAUGCCGCCUCAGUCCUUGAGUCUCAAUACAUUGAGGAAACCAGGCGGCUGCUGGAUCCAGAAGAUGAGCUGAGCGACAUCCAGUCAAACUCUGUGCCAUCAGAGGUUCGUGACUGGCUGGCUUCCACUUUUACCCGGCAGAGGGGACUGAUGCACCGUAAUGAAGACAAGCCACGCUUCCGUAGCAUUGUCCAUGCAGUGCAGGCUAGCAUCUUUGUGGAGAGGAUGUACAGACGGACCUCCAACAUGGCUGGCCUCAGUUAUCCUCCAAAUGUCAUCACUGUGCUCAAGCAUGUGGACAUGUGGUCCUUCGAUGUGUUUGCACUGAAUGAUGCUAGUGGAGACCACGCUCUCAAAUUUGUCUUCUAUGAGCUGCUCACCAGAUAUGACUUGAUCAAUCGUUUCAAGGUCCCUAUUUCCGCUCUCAUUUCAUUUGUGGACACGUUAGAGGUGGGCUACAGAAAGCACAAGAACCCCUACCACAGCCUGAUCCAUGCUGCUGACGUCACACAGACCAUCCAUUACCUGCUCCUCAAGACUGGCAUGGUGGGUGAUAAAGAAGCAAAGCUGGGUCUACCUUUCUCCCCUCUCUGUGACCGCAAAUCCACCAUGGUGGCCCAGUCCCAGAUUGGAUUCAUUGACUUCAUCGUGGAGCCAACAUUCACCGUGUUGAUGGAAAUGAUUGAGAAGAUUGUGACACCGCUUAUUGAGGAAGCAUCUCGCUCUGGAUUGGCUGGCUUCAGACGCUCUAGUGUCAACAGUAUUAGUGGCAGCGAUGGAAAGCAUUCCAGUGUGAAGAGUCCAUGCUCAGAGGACAGUUGCUGUUUGACCACACUGGACUUCAAGAGCUUCAAGGCAACGUGGAACCAGGAGAUUUGUCACAACAGGGAGACAUGGAAGGCCCAUGCAGCCAAAGACCUGGAGGAAAAUGUCAAGAAAGAGGCAGAGAAGAAAGACUCAAGGAGAACUGCUGACAGACCCAACACAGGCAGGGAUGAUAUGAAAACAGACGUGGUGAGACAGGAGGAGGUGGAGCGCAAGAGGCAGCAGGAGGAGCCUAAAGAGGAGGAAGGGAAAAACAAUCCAGGAGGAGCUGCAGGCUCCCUGCUGAGAUCAGGCCAAAACUACGCAGACAAGAAGAAGCCCGAGGGCCACACAGAAAAGCAGCAACAGCAGUGUCAGAAUGACCUGCAGGCUGACUGCCCACUGAUCCAUUACUGCAAGAGACCCAGCUACUGUGCCAGCUCCUAUCAGCUGGUCAGGUCAAAGGUCACGGAAAUGCGGCCCAUUGAUGACAGGAGAAAAGCCAGGAGACUGCAGCACAUCUCCCUGCGUCGCCGAAAGUGACCUUAUAAUAUAGAGUGUCACACAGUGUGAUGUCACAUCAGAAGAUUUUAGCACAUGAUAAACAGUCUUUGUUUAAAAUUACAUAUUGCAGCCUUGUAUUCAAGUUGAUCUUCUUCAUUUUAAUCUCGUACACUGUUGCUGCAUCAUCACUGCCCUCUAUUAGUAUUGUCUCUCCCCUUUACCACUGCCAACACCUCUUGGACUAUCACGUCCUUUAAAUCUCGUCAACUUGUUUUUUUGCAAAAUACAUUUUCAUCAGUAAUUUGACUGGUUGCUCUGUAUGUUCAACUGUAGAUCAGAAAUGUGUUAUGUGCUCUUGGAAAACAGUGAAAUAACAAAGUCUAAAGUCUAAACGCAGUCCAGUCACUUCAAAAUAUAAGAACCAUAACAACGAAGAGGAAGGGAAAAGCCUCUAUUUUAAAUGAAAAAAGGCCAACAUGCUUGGAUCACUUUGGUUCUUCAUCAGGGCCGUUUUCAGCCCCGACAAAACAUUUAUUUAAACGGAAACUGUGGUGCCUUGAACAACCUGUUGUGUACGCAAGCGCACUGCCCUUUACUGCCUUUUACUACGGCUAUGUUUAAAUACUUGUCGCAGCUGAUUGGGUUACACCUCUGACACGCCCACCAAAAGGGAGAAAACAUCCCAUAUGGAAAAGAUAUAGAUAAAUUUUACAAAAUGUUUAUAUAUUUUAUGUGAAACUAAGUACGUAAUAUAUAUACAGUCGAACAAGAUACAAGAUCCAUAGUUGUGUAAUAUGAGAUAAUUUGGGAACUUGUAAGUUUUAUAUAUGACAGUAAAUCCACAUACAAUUUUCUUAGUAGAUAUGUGUAACAUCAAAGUUAUAUGAGUUGUGCAACAAUUAGUGAAACCAAAAUCCUGUAGUAUUGUAUAAAAACCUUACAAGACAUAUGUACGAUGUCACAUAUAUGAGACAUUAAAUUACAUGAUAAGAUGACCAAAAAGAGUUUAGGGUAUUUCUAAGAUUUUAUUAGCAAUUGUCUGGUUUUUAGCUGACACUUUCUUCAAUCUCAACUUGUGAAUUUUCCUAAAAUGAUUACAUGAGUUUUAUUUGUUAUUAUUUAUUGAAGAUUGUAUGAGCAAUUAUAUCCAAUAAAAUAGGCAAAAUGUAUUUUUAUUUACACAGAUUUUUUAAAGUUCUUGUGUAUGCAUAAAAUAUUCAAAAUCGCCAUGUAAUGUAUUCAAUAUUAAGCAAAAUAAAAGGACCCACUCACUCAUUUCCUGCCGUAGAAAGAUUUAAAUUUUGCACAUAAUUGGCAUAUGACAUUAUACAAGUUGCAUAUUUACAUUUAAUAUUUAGAAAAGGCAAUACAUUUUUCUUUUACAUGUUUAUAAAGAUGCUACACUAAUAAUUGUUUUGCCCCUAUACCUUGCACUUGUGUCCUUUUGGAUGUUAAUGACAUGCAUUGCAAAAUGUAUUAAAGUAGAAUAAAUUUUGUAGUAAACUUUU